UGAAAAAAAUCUCUACCAAUUAGCUACUAAUAUGAUCCUAUCUCAGCUUAAAACACAUAUUAGUUCUAGGGCUAGUUACUUGUUCCUUGCAGAUUACAAAGACAUCAUGCAAUAUCGUGAUAUGAAAAGACAAGAGUUUAAUAGGAUUCAAUGGAAUGAUUUAGCAGUUACUCCAAGUAUAAAAGUUAUAGAUAAACAGAAUGAGGAGCGUCAAGCUGAAAGAGAUUUUUAA